UUACCUUCGUUUUUAUCUUAUCAUUAUUGAUUCUUUUACUUUUCUUAAUGAGAUUAUAUAAAGUAUUACCACUACAUAAAGAUAAAAUUACUCGAUCUAUACAUCUUCCUAAACCACCAUUUAAAACUUGUAUAGUAUUAGGAUCCGGAGGUCAUACAAUGGAAAUGUUACAAUUGGCGGAAGGAUUGGAUUUUCAAAAAAUUUAUCGACCAAGAAUAUAUGUUAUUGCAAAUAAUGAUCAUUUAAGCUUAGAAAAAGUUCAUGAAUUCGAAAAUAGAAAAACUGGUGAUAAAAGUAAUAAAUAUUAUAAAGUUCAUAAAAUACCAAGAAGUAGACUAGUAGGACAAUCAUGGUUAACGACUCCGUUCAGUAUUUUUAAAGCAUUAUUAGCAAGUAUAAACUUAAUAUUUGAAAGAGAUUCACCUGAUCUAAUAAUAUGUAAUGGACCAGGAAGUUGUAUUCCUGUUUGUGUUAUUUCUUAUCUUCCAAGAAUAAUGGGACUAAAGUGGAUAAAAUUAAUUUACGUGGAAUCAUUUGCUAGAGUUAAAACAUUAUCAUUAACAGGAAAAUUAUUAUAUAGAUUUGUGGAUAGAUUUUUGGUACAAUGGAUUUAUCUUAUAGAAAAAUAUCCUAGAGCUGAGUAUAUAGAUAUUUACCGGUUGAAUGAUGACAAAUCGGGAAUUAGUGAUCAUUCAGCAUCCACUGAAUGACUUCAAAUGAUGGGCAGUCAUUCGGGAUAAUCAAAUAGUUAUUAUUUGGCAUACAAUUCGAUUUGAUGUUUAAAUUUACAAACU